AUGUCGUUGAACAAGUUCCAGCUUACAAAAUGCUUACAGAUCAUCGAAAAACUUAUUUCAUGGCAAAUCUGCUCACCAUUUGUCGAGCUUGUUGAUCCAGAGCGUGAUGGUGCUCCAGAUUACCUCGAAGUUGUUAAAAACCCAAUGGCUCUCCGCGAGGUUCAAAAGAAAUUAAACGAUGGAGCAUACAGUAACCUUGACCAAUUUAAGGACGAUGUUGACUUAAUUUGGUCAAACGCAAAACUAUACAAUGGUGAUGAUACAUUAUUCACACAUAUGGCUCUUGAAGCUGCUCAGUGGUUUAACGAAAAAAUGAAACGCUUCCCAAGUACUCCAGAGGAAGAAUGGACUCGUAAAAUACAGAGAACUACACAGAAGCUUCUUGGCGUUCUUCUUCAUCCGCCAGUUGAAUUAGACCCAACAGGAUCUCUCACGGCUGGCCAUGGAGAUGAUGAAAAGUCAACAGCAUAA